AUGAGAGUUUAAGCUUCAUCAUUCAGAUUGCCUGUUCUUAAAUUACAACCUAAAGAUCCUCAAUUCAGUCUAAGUUAUGGUGAUAAUAAUCAAUCAAGCUCAUCAAUGAUCAAAUAUUAGAGUAAUCCUUAAAGAUAUUAUGAUCCAUCUCCCAUUAAAAAGAGAGUGAGAGGAAUGACAAUUGCCAUCUAUAAUAGUUAGGAGAAACUAAAAACAGCAGAAUUUCGUUAUGGAAGCGAUUUAAUUACUCAAACUUAACCUCUCAACUAAAGUGCAUCAGUUGUUAAUACUGUACGUAGAUAUAGAAAUAAACUAAAAUAAUUAAUGUACUAGCCUCCAAAAGAAGAUGGAGGUCUAUCUCGAGAUCCAAGGAUAUAUUCAUUUAAAGAACCCAGUGCCUCCAUUCGAUUAGAUCGUUUAACUAAUGAUCGGGGUGAUCAACAAUUAAAGGACAAAGUCACCUAAUUAAUGAGCAAAGUAAAGUUGCUAAUAUCAACUAAACACUUUUAUUAAGAGCCACAUCAAUAAGAGACUUUCUAAGUUACUAUGGUGAGACUUAAAGAUGAAUAUGAUUGUCUCUAUUAAGACUUUAAUGAUUACUAUGUGUAAAAUAAAAAGGUAGACAAUUAAGUCAUUUAACUUUAAAAUCAUAUGGAAAUCAUUAAGACACUUCUUAAACCAAAGAGACCUACCAUGACUAGAAAAUAAUCUGCAAUUAUCUUUGAUCAAGUUUAAUAGGAAAUCUUGAUUCCAGAAACCUCAGAAAAGAUUGAAGAAACUCCACAAUAAUCAUAAAUAAUAGACAUUCCACCUCCACCUUAAGAAACUCCAGUGAUCUCCUAAGUAGAACCACAUGAGGAAAGUGUAUUUACUCCUCUUACAUCCAUAUAACUUAAUGAAGAUCAACCUCCAAGUGAUCUGGAUAAAGAAGAAACAAAUAAUAAUAGUCCAAGUAGUCCUAAAAAGAAACGUAUCAAAAAUAAACGAAGUCCAUAGAAAUCUUAAAAAUCAAUUAUUCUUUAACUAUCUGUUUAAGAUCUCUCUUAAUUAGAUUUUAAUCCUUAAUCUUCAUAAUAAUAAUAAUUAAGUUCAAGAUCUAAAAUACCUUUAGAGGACAUACCAUUAAAAUCAGUCCGAAGUACAAAAAGUGAACAAUUAGUAGAAAUAGAUAAUAAAUAGGAUGAAACUCCAUUAUCUGAAAAGACUCCAUUAAGAAAAUAAAGCAGUAAUUUAGGAUCUCUUAACAAAAGAAGAAACACAGUUCUCGAAAAUAAAUAAGGAAGAAGAGUAUAAAAGGGUGCAGCUGCUAUCUCUGAAUAAGAUGAUAGUUAAUCUGAUGAAGGUGGAGAUGAAGAUCAAUAAAAGGAGGAUGUGAUUGAAAUAUAAGAAGAAGAACAAUAAGAAAAUUAAACUAAAGACUUUUACUAUAAUAAUCUUUUAGAUAAAUUAAUUGAAUCUGACAAUAUUUACAGAUAUCCCUUUUAUUAAUCAUGGGAAUACCAUGAAGAUCAAAUUAUUCAAGGUAUAAUAUUUGGAGAAUUUGAUUUAUGA